AUGGGAACUUGGUUUUGGAUUCUUGGUUGGAUUCUGUCCAUUUUGAAGAUAGCGGGAAAUGGUUUCACCGUGCUUCUUGUGGGCGGUCAGCGUCGGCUUCGCACCAAAACCAACGCGCUCAUCGUUUCACUUGCAGUGGCGGAUUUCUGUGUUGGGGCGUUCGUUGCUCCUUCACUGUUCGUCUGUCACAUCAGAGGUGGCUGCAACUGGCCCCAACCAUAUGCGUCCUGGGUGGAUUUUAUAAGGUGGCUCUUUGCGUACGCCUCUACAAUGAACCUGUGUAGCUUGGCACUAGAUCGGUAUAUGGCUGUUGUGAAGCCACUGAAAUACGUCAACUUUAUGACUGCGCGACGUGUCACCCAACUAACAUUUUCUCUUGGCUUAAUCGCUCUUGGUUUUAUGAUUUUUUCUGCUACAAUGGUUUUAAAUCUAACGUUUCCUUCACAAGUCAUAUAA